AUGAGAUUCGACAAAAAAGGAAAGCUUAGUCCGAGAAAUAUUGGGUCUUAUCAGACUGUUCGUAAAAUAGGCAAGGUUGCCUAUGAAUUAGAUCUACCGUCUGACUUUGAAGCAGUGCAUCCAGUCUGCCACAUGUCAAUGCUUCACAAAUGUAUAGGUGACUCUUCCAGAGUAUUUCCCACAGAUGAUAUCCAGAUGACAGAGAAAUUAUCCUACGAGGAGCAGCCUAUGGUCAUACUGAAUCGACAGGUGAAAAGGUUAUGUGCUAAAGGCGUAGCUUCCGUAAGCAAAGUUGAUGAAAGGAAAAGCUACAGCAGCCCAGAAGGGCAAGGUAGUGGUGAAGAGGGGAUUGAACGGGAGUCUUCUAUGGAUAUAGAGGAGAGUGAACCUCAGGCGAUGCCUCAGAGAAAGAAGAAGGCCAGCAAAAUACGGGACGCUGCGGGGGAAGGCCCGAGCCGAGUAUCCCCAGCCGAGUUAGGGCAUGGCGAGGCUCAGAGCGCUACCCCCUCGCAUGCUACCUCUACUCCAUCAGUUGCUGAAGAGCAUGAUAGAGCUCCAGUCCCUCCGGCUCCUCAGCCUCCAGCUCCUCCCCCUGCUGUUCCAGAUCAGGACUUGCGAGAUGCAGUCCAGUUAUUGACUAGAUUGGUGGCUACUCAGACUCAGCGGCAGGCUGGCCUUCCGGACAGGGCUGUUAGUUCCCGCGUGCGUGACUUUCUUACUUUGGACCCUCCGAUUUUCACGGGGACAAACUCAAAGGAUGACCCUCAGAACUUUGUAGAUCGAAUGGGCCGCGCUUUGAGGGUAAUGCAUGCUUCUGAUAAGAAUCAGUGGAGCUAG